CAAAUAAAUCUCUCUGUAUCCCACAAAUCUAAUAUUUAAUUUAUUUAUAUAUAUAUAAAUAUACAGAGAGAGUGAGAAUCGAAUCGAGAGUAAGAAGAAGAAGAAGAAGAAGACAAGUAUGGAGAAAUAUAGAUUUGAAUGGAAGAUUUUUUCUCUUAUAAUGAUAUUGGUUUCUUAUUUGUUGUUUGUCUACGUUCAAAGCUAUAAUUCCAAGCUUCCACAGGAAAAUUGCAGUUUGGUCCCUUAUCAACAUUUUUGGAUAAGUAGUAAACGCAUUGUAACACCCCAAGGAAUUAUUUCUGGUGCAGUCGAGGUUAAGAAUGGGAAGAUUGCCUCCAUUGUUACAGAAGUGGAAAAACUUUGGAAAUCAGAAUUAUUGCAAAUAAUCGAUUAUGGAGAUGCUGUUGUUAUGCCUGGCUUAAUCGACGUGCAUUCACAUCUCGAUGAUCCUGGAAGGGCCGAGUGGGAAGGAUUUCCAUUGGGAACUAAAGCAGCAGCUGCUGGUGGUCUAACUACAUUAGUUGACAUGCCUCUAAAUAGCAUGCCUUCAACUGUGUCUAGAGAUACCUUCAAACUUAAGCUUAAAGCAGCGCAAAAGAGAAUAUUCGUCGAUGUUGGUUUUUGGGGAGGCCUUGUUCCCGAAAAUGCAUUUAACCCGUUUGUUCUUAAAGAUCUUUUGAAUGCCGGUGUUCUUGGUUUGAAGUCUUUUAUGUGUCCUUCAGGAAUCGAUGAUUUUCCAAUGACAAAUGCUAGUCAUAUUAAGGAGGGAUUAUCUAUACUGGCAAAAUAUAAAAGACCUUUACUUGUACAUGCUGAGAUUCAAAAAGAACUCGAAAACCCUUCGGACCUUGAUGAUGGCUCUAAUGAUCCUCGCUCUUAUUCGACUUAUCUCAAGACUAGACCACCUUCAAUGGAGGAGGAAGCUAUUAGUGAGCUCUUGACGGUAACUAAGGACACAAGAAUUGGUGGCUCUGCGGAAGGAGCUCAUCUUCACAUAGUUCACUUGUCCGAUUCGAGCUCUUCACUAGGUCUUAUUAAACAAGCCAAAUUUAGAGGUGAUAGUGUGACGGUUGAGACUUGCCCGCACUACUUAGCUUUCUCGGCAGAAGAGAUUCCUAAUGGAGAUACUCGCUUCAAGUGUGCUCCCCCCAUUCGCAAUGAAGCUAAUAAACAAAAACUAUGGGAAGCCCUAAUGGACGGACAUAUUGACAUGUUAAGUUCCGACCAUUCACCAACCGAGCCAAAACUUAAGCUCCUUGAAGAUGGUAACUUUUUGAGGGCAUGGGGUGGAAUAUCAUCUUUGCAGUUUGUGCUUCCUAUAACAUGGACAUAUGGGCAAAAAUAUGGAAUUACUUUAGAGCAAUUGGCUUCAUGGUGGAGUGAGAGGCCUGCAAAGCUAGCUGGACUUGAAUUAAAGGGAGCCAUUAAAGUUGGAAACUUUGCAGAUAUUGUUGUUUGGGAACCUGAAGUUGACUUUGACCUCACUCAAGAUCAUCCUAUUUUCAUUAAACAUCCAGAAAUUUCAGCCUAUAUGGGAAAAAAGUUGUAUGGACAAAUUUCAUCAACUUUUGUGAGAGGAAAUCUUGUCUACAAAGAAGGCAUUCAUGCUAACAAUGCUUGUGGUGUUACAAUCCUAGCAAGAUAGAGAUUGGAAUAUCAUUACUUUUAUUUACAUUUUCCAAAAGAAAAGAAGAAGAAGAAUAAGAAUAUGUUUUUAUAGGCUUAUUCAACUUUGUUUGGGAAUAUUGAUUAUGGUAAAAUUGUAUAUAUGAGUUUGUAAAUAUGUACAAUAUACUUUGUAAGUUCAUUAGUUUGAACUUUGAUGCAUGAAACUAAUUAAGUUUUGAUGGGA